GUAGCCGUUCUGGUGCUGAUCGGUUAAUUUGCAUUUAGAUUUUUUUCCCCUCUUACCCUCCCUUCCCCCUCCCUCAGCGCCCUUUCAAAACAACGAACGGUCGCACAACAAACAAUUGAACUUAAUAAGAGGCCACAGCGCAAAUAAAUGGUUAAAUUAGUAAAAGAUGUGCGAAAACUGCGCAGAGCUGUUGGACGUGUUAAAUGCAAUAUCUGAAACAGAAAGUAAUGAAGGACUACAGCUUAAAAAGGAACAUGCUCUCAAAAUAUUUAAUUACAUUAACUCUUGGACACAAAGGCAAUGCCUUUGUUGCUUCAAGGAGUACAAGCACCUGGAAAUCUUCAACCAGGUGGUUUAUGCCCUCAUCAACAUGGUGACUGCCCAAAUCCAGGUUCUCCAAGACCAGUUGUGUAAAAUUUGCACUAGUAAUGAUUCAUCAUGGCAGGACCUGAAUCAGCAAAACCAUGAACAGACUAAUCAGGAAGGAGAGUGUAAUAAAAACGAAGAUGAUAUUGGUCGAAAAUUAAAUGAUUUUGUGGAGAAAAAGGCAAAUAAUAGAACAUGUGGGAGAACUGAGGAGAUUUCCACACGGAGCACUGAUCCAUUUAGCACAUGGAAUACAGAGGAAAAAGAAAAGUUAUUGUUAUGUGUGGCAAAGAUAUUUCAGAUUCAGUUUCCUUUAUAUACUGCCUACAAACAUAACACUCAUGCUACUAUAGAGGAUAUUUCAGCUCAUGAAAGCAACUUAUUAGGGGCGUUUUGUGAUAUGAAUGAUGUGGAAGUACCUUUGCACUUGCUUCGUUAUGUCUGCCUCUUUUGUGGAAAAAAUGGCCUUUCGCUUAUGAAAGAUUGCUUUGAAUAUGGAACGCCUGAAACUCUUCCUUUUCCAAUAGCACAUGCAUUUAUUACAGUAGUAUCCAAUAUCAGAAUAUGGUUACACAUCCCUGCUGUUAUGCAACAUGUUAUACCCUUUAGAACUUACGUUAUUAGGUAUUUGUGUAAACUUUCAGACCAGGAAUUGCGGCAGAGUGCUGCACGCAACAUGGCAGAUUUGAUGUGGAGUACAGUCAAGGAACCUCUGGAUACGGCACUGUGUUUUGAUAAGGAGAGUUUGGAUCUUGCUUUCAAGUACUUCAUGUCACCAACUCUAACAAUGAGGUUGGCUGGACUCAGUCAGAUUACAAAUCAACUUCAUACAUUCAAUGAUGUUUGUAAUAAUGAAUCUUUGGUGUCAGACACUGAAACGUCAAUUGCAAAAGAGCUUGCAGACUGGCUAAUUCAUAAUAAUGUUGUUGAACAUAUCUUUGGACCAAAUUUGCACAUUGAGAUCAUCAAACAAUGCCAAGUUAUCCUGAACUUUCUAGCUGCUGAAGGAAGACUUAGCACACAACAUAUAGACUGUAUUUGGGCGGCAGCACAGUUGAAGCACUGUAGUCGAUACAUCCAUGAUUUGUUCCCUUCUCUUAUUAAGCACUUGGAUCCUGUACCACUCCGUCACCUUCUUAAUCUAGUUUCUGCUCUUCACCCAAGUGUCCACACAGAACAAACCCUAUAUUUGGCAUCAAUGCUCAUUAAAGCCCUCUGGAACAAUGCACUUGCUGCUAAGGCUCAAUUAUCCAAGCAGAGCUCCUUUGCUUCUCUUCUUAACACCAGCCUCCCUUUGGGAAAUAAGAAAGGAUCUCCUGCAGCUAGUCCACAGAGUAGUGACAACAGUGAUACUCACCAUAGUGGUGGCAGUGACAUUGAAAUGGACGAGCAAAUGAUGAACAGAGCAAAGCGUGGACAACAGCGACUGUCGGAUACAGAGGAGUCUAUGCAAGGAAGUUCUGAUGAGACUGCUAAUAGUGGCGAAGAUGCCAGUAGUGGGCCUGGCAGUAGCAGUGGACACAGUGAUGGUUCUAGUAAUGAAGUAAAUUCAAGCCAUGCCAGUCAGUCAGCUGGAAGUCCAGGAAGUGAAGUCCGCUCUGAGGAUAUGGCAGAUAGUGAAGUCCUCAAAGAAGAAGAUGAUGAUGAUGAGGGAGAGGAGAGCCCCCAGAAUGAGAGCAGGAACCCUGAGUUAAGAACUCUGAGUGCAGAGUCGCAGUCAGGAAUUUGUAUGUCAGAAUCACCUGGUGGAACAGAAUGUGACAGACCUAAUAGUGGAUCGGGCAAGGAUAUUCCUUAUAGCACUGAUACAGUUCCAUCAGGAGAGAAUCGAAUUCGACUUCUUGAUACUUGCUCGCAUCCUGAGGACUCUGAACGUGAUAUGUCAGGGGAAAUAAAUACUGCACACAUAUCACAAGGUUCUCAGGAUUCUUGUAUCACUCACACUGGAGAUUUUUUAGGAGAGGCAAUUGGAAAUGAAAUAUUUAACUGCAGACGGUUCAUUGGUCAGCAGCAUCAUCAUCAUGAUGGGCACUUGGGUGAUGAUAUGAUGAGUGCAGAUGAUGUCAGCUGCAGUAGUUCUCAGGUCAGUGCGAAAUCUGAAAAAAACAUGGCAGACUUUGAUGGGGAAGAGUCGGGCUGUGAGGAAGAACUGGUACAGAUUAAUUCUCAUGCAGAACUUACAUCUCAUCUUCAACAACAUUUACCCAAUCUUGCUUCCAUCUAUCAUGAACACCUUAGUCAAGCUCCCAGUGUACAUAAGCAUCAAUACAAUUCCAAUGCAGUAACGGAUAUCAAUUUAGACAAUGUUUGCAAGAAGGGUAAUACUCUUCUUUGGGACUUGGUACAAGAUGAAGAUGCGGUUCAUCUCUCAGAGGGAUUGAUAAAUGAAGCUGAGAAACUGCUGUGCUCCCUUGUGUGCUGGUUUACUGACCGGCAGAUUAGAAUGAGAUUCAUUGAAGGUUGUUUAGAAAACCUAGCAAAUGAUAGGUCAGUGGUAGUUUCACUUCGUCUUUUGCCUAAACUUUUUGGCACCUUUCAACAAUUUGGGAGCAGUUAUGACACACAUUGGAUAACUAUGUGGGCUGAAAAGGAACUAAACAUGAUGAAACUCUUCUUUGACAACCUGAUACACUACAUUCAGGCAGUGAGAGAGGGUGCGCAUAAACAUGUGUUAUAUAGUCAUGGUGCUGAGGUGCAAGUUCGCCUGCAGUUUCUGACAUGUGUUUUUUCAACACUUGGAUCUCCAGACCAUUUUAGAUUAAGUCUUGACCAGGUAGAUAUCUUAUGGCACUGCCUUGUGGAGGACCCUGAAUGCUAUGAUGAUGCUUUACAUUGGUUCCUAAAUCAAGUUCGCAGUAAAGAUCAGCAUGCAAUGGGCAUGGAGACAUACAAACAUUUAUUUUUAGAAAAGAUGCCGCAAUUAAAACCAGAAACGAUCAGCAUGACCGGUUUAAAUCUGUUCCAACACUUGUGCAAUUUGGCUCGUCUUGCAACCAGUGCUUAUGAUGGUGGUUCCAGUUCAGAGCAGCUUUGUGGAAUGGAUCAACUCUGGGGCAUUGCAUUAAGGGCUCAAACAGCUGAUGUUAGUCGAGCAGCUAUCCAGUACAUCAAUUCAUAUUAUAUUAAUGGUAAAACUGGCUUGGAGAAGGAGCAAGAAUUUAUCAGUAAGUGUAUGGAGAGCCUUAUGAUGGCUUCAGAAAAUCUUGAGAAAGAACCACAGUCCAGUCUUACUAUUAUUGAAAGGGGACUGCUGAUGCUGAAAACACACCUGGAAGCAUUUAGGAGAAGAUUUGCAUACCAUUUACGGCAGUGGCAGAUAGAGGGUACAGGUAUUAGCAGUCACUUAAAAGCCCUUAGUGAUAAGCAGUCUUUACCAUUACGAAUUGUUUGUCAACCAGCAGGGCUGCCUGAUAAGAUGACUAUUGAAAUGUAUCCUAGUGAUCAAGUUGCAGACUUAAGGGCUGAAGUUACCCACUGGUAUGAGAACCUACAAAAGGAACAAAUGAGUCAACAAGCUCAGCUUCAAGAAUUUGGCCAAAGCAGCCGGCAAGGAGAUUUUACUGGAGGCCUUAUGGGACCCGUGAGAAUGAUUUCCUCAGGACAUGAACUUACCACAGAUUAUGAUGAGAAAACACUGAAUGAACUUGGAUUUAAAGAUAUGCAGAUGGUAUUUGUAUCACUUGGAGCUCCACGUAGGGAGCGCAAAGGAGAUGGCAUUCAGUUGCCUGCAUCUUGUCUUCCUCCACCCCAAAAGGAAAAUAUUCCAAUGCUUUUGCUCCUACAAGAACCACAUCUUACUACCUUGUUUGACUUGCUUGAGAUGCUGGCAUCAUUUAAACCACCUUCAGUUGACCAAACUAUGGAAGAUAGUGAGACUGUACGCUGUGAAGAAUUGCAUCUUCAUGCAGAAAACCUGUCGAGACGUGUUUGGGAAUUGUUAAUGCUUCUUCCUACCUGUCCAAACAUGCUACAAGCUUUUCAAAAUAUCUCUGAUGAACAGGGUAAUGAUGGACAUUGUUGGAAAGAUCUGCUUCGAAUAAAGAGUCCUCAUAAGCUCCUGUAUGCGCUCGAAAUUAUUGAGGCCUUGGGGAAACCUAAUAGGAGAAUAAGAAGAGCAUCAACGGGUAGCUACAGUGAUCUUUAUCCUGAUUCGGAUGAUUCAAGCGAAGAUCAGAUAGAGAACAGUAAAAAUUCUUGGAGUUGCAAGUUUGUUGCUGCUGGGGGACUUCAGCAAUUACUGGAAAUUUUUCUAUCAGGGAUUUUGGAACCGAAGGAGCAAGAAUCAUGGACUGUGUGGCAGCUGGACUGCCUUGCCUGUCUGCUGAAGCUAAUGUGCCAGUUUGCAGUUGAUCCAGGUGACUUAGAUCUGGCUUAUCAUGACAUCUAUGCCUGGUCUGGUGUGUCAGACAGCCAUAGAAAAAGGACUUGGCCUGGGAAAUCAAGGAAAGGAGCUGGUGAUCACGGGAAAGGACUACACAUACCUCGUUUAACGGAGAUAUUUCUCAGCCUGGUACAUGGAUCUGGUUUGAUCUAUCGGCUAAUGUCUGUUGCUUACACCUAUAACAACUUGGCUCAUAGAGUGCUUAAAGCCCAAUCUGAUCAUCGAUCCAGGCAUGAAGUUACUCAUUAUGCCAUGUGGUUGUUAGUGAGUUGGGCUCACUGCUGCUCGUUAGUCAAAUCCAGCAUGGCAGACAGUGAACAUUUACAUGAUUGGCUGAAAAAAUUAACUCUUCUUGUACCAGAGACCUCGGUUCGACACGAAGCUUGCAGUGGGCUGUAUAAGUUGUGCCUUUCAGGUUUAGAUGGUGGAGAGUCAAUAAAUCGAUCUUUCCUUUUGCUAGCUGCAUCAACGUUACUAAAAUUCCUUCCUGAUGCCCAAGCUUUGAAGCCUAUCAGGGAGAUAGAUUAUGAAGAGGAAUCAGUAUUGCGAGCAGGUUGCAAGGAAUAUUUCUGGUUACUUUGUAAACUGAUUGAUAAUAUCCAUGUAAAAGAUGCUAGCCAGACAACGUUGCUAGAUUUGGAUGCCUUGGCAAGACAUCUCGCCGAUUGCAUUCGCAGCAGGGAAAUUCUUGAUCAGCAGGACAGUAACACUGAAGAUGAUGGGCUUACAGGAUUACUGCGUCUUUGCACUGUAGUCAUAAAGCACAAGCCUCCAUUUAAAUUCUCUCGAGAAGGACAGGAAUUCUUAAGAGAUGUGUUCAAUCUCCUGUUUUUACUGCCAAGCUUGAAGGACAGGCAGCAACCAAAGUGCAAGUCCCAUUCUUCCCGAGCAGCAGCCUACGAUUUGCUAGUGGAAAUGGUGAAGGGCUCAGCAGAAAACUACAGAUUGCUCCACAAUUGGGUGAUGGCACAGCACAUGCAGUCAUCUCAUGCACCAUACAAGUGGGAUUACUGGCCUCAUGAUGAUGUGCGAGCUGAGUGCAGGUUUGUGGGUUUGACGAAUCUUGGAGCAACCUGUUACUUGGCUUCCACCAUUCAGCAGCUCUAUAUGAUACCGGAGGCCAGACAGGCCAUUUUUACAGCUAAGUAUUCAGAAGACAUAAAGCAUAAAACAACACUUCUUGAAUUGCAAAAAAUGUUCACAUAUCUCAUGGAAAGUGAACGUAAAGCAUAUAAUCCAAGACCAUUCUGCAAAACCUACACCAUGGACAAACAGCCUUUGAACACUGGAGAACAGAAAGAUAUGACUGAAUUUUUCACCGAUCUGAUAACAAAAAUUGAAGAGAUGUCUCCUGAUCUGAAAAACACAGUGAAGAGCUUAUUUGGAGGGGUUAUAACGAAUAAUGUUGUAUCACUGGAUUGUGAACAUGUUAGCCAGACAGCUGAGGAAUUCUACACAGUUAGAUGCCAAGUAGCUGAUAUGAAAAACAUUUAUGAGUCACUUGAUGAAGUUACUAUUAAAGAUACUCUGGAAGGUGAUAACAUGUACACUUGUUCUCAAUGUGGGAAGAAAGUACGGGCUGAGAAAAGGGCUUGUUUUAAGAAAUUACCACGAAUCUUGAGUUUCAAUACCAUGCGAUAUACUUUCAAUAUGGUUACAAUGAUGAAAGAGAAAGUCAACACUCAUUUCUCUUUUCCCCUCCGUCUUGACAUGACCCCAUACACUGAAGAUUAUCUAAUGGGAAAAAAUGACCGGAUAGAUGGUUUGAAAGAGGAUGGUAAAGUUAAACAAAGUGAAAGCUUUGAGUAUGAUUUGAUAGGAGUGACCGUACACACGGGAACAGCAGAUGGAGGGCAUUACUACAGUUUUAUUAGAGAAAUUGUGAAUCUUCAUGCUUACAAAAACAACAAAUGGUAUCUGUUUAAUGAUGCUGAGGUAAAACCAUUUGAUUCUGCCCAACUUGCCUCUGAAUGCUUUGGUGGAGAAAUGACAACCAAAACCUAUGAUUCUGUCACGGACAAGUUCAUGGAUUUUUCCUUUGAAAAGACACACAGUGCAUACAUGCUGUUCUAUAAACGUGUGGAGACAGAAGAAGAAAAUGGGAAGGAGUACAGCUUUGAUGUUUCACCAGAACUUUUGGAGUGGAUCUGGCAUGACAACAUGCAGUUUCUGCAGGACAAGAAUAUCUUUGAACAUACUUACUUUGGAUUUAUGUGGCAGUUGUGCAGUAGCAUCCCAAGCACGUUACCUGACCCAAAGGCAGUAUCGCUUAUGACUGCAAAGUUAAGUACAUCUUUUGUCCUGGAAACUUUUAUCCACUCCAAAGAAAAGCCCACUAUGUUGCAAUGGAUCGAACUUUUGACAAAACAAUUUAACAACAGCCAGGCAGCUUGUGAGUGGUUUUUGGACCGAAUGGCUGAUGAUGACUGGUGGCCAAUGCAAAUCCUUAUUAAGUGCCCAAAUCAGAUUGUGAGACAGAUGUUCCAGCGUUUAUGCAUUCAUGUGAUUCAGCGGCUCCGACCAGUACAUGCUCAUCUCUAUUUACAGCCAGGAAUGGAAGAUGGUUCUGAUGAUAUGGAUGGUCCAGUAGAAGAUAUAGGAAGUCGUUCAUGUGUAACUAGAUUCGUGAAGACACUGUUGUCUAUAAUGGAGCAUGGAGUCAAACCUCACAGCAAACAUCUCACAGAGUAUUUUGCCUUCUUGUUUGAGUUUGCCAAAAUGGGAGAAGAAGAGAGUCAGUUUCUUUUGUCCUUGCAAGCGAUAUCAACAAUGGUACAUUUUUACAUGGGAACAAAGGGACCAGAAAAUCAGUUCCCCCAACCACAAGUUGAGGUACUGUCUGAAGAAGAAGGUGAGGAGGAAGAGGAGGAGGAAGACAUUUUAUCUUUAACAGAAGAGAAGUACAGGCCCGCAGCACUGGAGAAGAUGAUUGCCUUGAUUGCACUUUUAGUAGAACAGUCUCGUUCUGAAAGGCAUCUGACUUUGUCACAGAAUGACAUGGCUGCCUUGACAGGAGGCAAGGUAUCGUCAGUAGACAUAGAACUGGGUUUCCCGUUUUUGUUUCAGCAUAUCCGUGAUGGAAUCAACAUUAGACAGACAUGUAAUUUGAUCUUCAGCCUCUGCCGCUACAAUAAUCGACUUGCAGAGCAUAUUGUUUCUAUGCUGUUCACAUCGAUAGCAAAGCUGACUCCUGAGGCUGCACAGCCUUUCUUUAAGCUGUUAUCCAUGUUGAUGGAGUUUGCUGGUGGACCACCUGGAAUGCCUCCAUUUGCUUCUUAUAUUCUUCAGAGAAUUUGGGAGGUUAUUGAAUACAACCCUUCUCAGUGCUUAGACUGGUUAGCAAUGCAAACGCCUCGCAAUAAGCUUGCUCACAGCUGGGUACUUCAAAAUAUGGAGAACUGGGUGGAGCGUUUUUUGCUGGCACACAACUAUCCUCGAGUCAGAACAUCUGCAGCUUACCUCUUGGUUUCACUCAUUCCAAGUAACUCGUUCCGUCAGAUGUUCCGAUCUACGCGUUCUUUGCACAAUCCUACACGUGAUUUGCCUCUUAGUCCAGAUACAACUGUUGUUCUUCAUCAGGUGUACAAUAUUCUCCUGGGUCUGCUUUCAAGAGCCAAGCUAUAUGUUGAUGCUGCUGUUCAUGGCACCACAAAAUUAGUACCUUAUUUCAGCUUCAUGACCUAUUGUUUAGUCUCAAAGACUGAGAAGUUGAUGUUUUCUAGCUAUUUCAUGGACCUGUGGAAUCUCUUCCAGCCUAAGUUGUCUGAACCUGCUAUUGCAACAAACCACAAUAAGCAGGCAUUGCUCAUUUUCUGGUAUAAUGUGUGUGUGGACUGCCCAGAAAAUGUGCGCUUCAUUGUACAGAAUCCCGUUGUGACAAAAAACAUUGCUUUUAAUUACAUCUUGGCCGAUCAUGAUGACCAAGACGUUGUUCUUUUUAACCGUGGGAUGCUGCCUGCAUAUUAUGGGAUUUUGCGCCUGUGCUGUGAACAGUCCCCAGCUUUCACACGGCAACUAGCUUCUCAUCAGAAUAUUCAGUGGGCAUUCAAAAAUCUUACACCUCAUGCAAGCCAGUAUCCAGGGGCUGUCGAAGAACUAUUCAAUCUUAUGCAGCUAUUUGUAGCUCAGAGACCAGAUAUGAGAGAAGAGGAACUGGAAGACAUUAAGCAAUUCAAGAAAACUACCAUUAGCUGCUAUUUGCGAUGUCUGGAUGGGCGCUCAUGCUGGACUACACUUAUUAGUGCCUUCAGAAUACUCCUGGAGACAGAUGAAGAUAGGUUGCUAGUUGUUUUCAAUCGGGGUCUGAUUCUGAUGACUGAGUCUUUUAAUACUUUGCACAUGAUGUACCACGAGGCUACAGCUUGCCAUGUAACUGGAGACUUAGUGGAACUUCUCUCUAUUUUCCUAUCUGUUUUGAAAUCAACUCGACCAUAUCUGCAGCGAAAAGAUGUUAAGCAAGCCUUGAUCCAGUGGCAGGAAAGAAUCGAAUUUGCUCACAAGCUUCUCACAUUAUUGAAUUCCUAUAGCCCUCCAGAACUUCGAAAUGCCUGUAUAGAUGUUUUAAAAGAACUUGUUCUUCUGAGUCCUCAUGAUUUCCUUCACACUUUGGUACCAUUCCUUCAGCACAAUCAUUGUACUUACCACCAUAGUAAUAUACCAAUGUCUUUAGGCCCCUAUUUUCCCUGUCGUGAGAACAUAAAGUUAAUGGGCGGAAAGAAUAAUAUCCGCCCUCCUCGUCCAGAACUCAAUAUGUGCCUCUUGCCCACAAUGGUGGAAACUAGCAAGGGAAAAGAUGAUGUUUAUGACCGUGUGCUAGUGGAUUACUUCCUUUCAUACCAUCAGUUCAUCCAUCUCCUGUGUCGAGUAGCAGUGAACUGUGAAAAAUUUACAGAAACCUUGGUGAAAUUAAGUGUCCUGAUAGCAUAUGAAGGUUUACCUCUACAUUUAGCAUUAUUCCCUAAACUCUGGACAGAGAUUUGCCAAUCUCAGUCAACUAUGGCAAAGAAUUGUGUUAAACUGCUGUGUGAUGAACCAGUAUUUGCUGAAUAUAUUAAGUGCAUUCUUAUGGACGAAAGGAUCUGUUUAAACAACAAUGCAGUUUAUACCUUUCUUGCUUGCUUCCUCCCCAAGGUUCAGAAUCAGGUUUUUUCCAGUUCAAACUGUUCCAGUUUGAUCAAUAAUUUAAUCACAAAUCUAAUAAACGAAUACCAUAACCUUGAGCCAGAGCUUCUGGGACAGCGUGUUGAAAUCUAUAAAGUUGGUGCUAUUCUAAAUGGGGACCUUCGAGCUCUCGCUUUGCUGCUUUCUAUACACACCCCCAAACUACUGGACUCUGCACUAAUCCAGACGCUGCAGGAUUUGUUAAAUAAGUGUAGAACAUGUCAGCAGCAGAAAAAUGCUUUACAGGAACAGGAAGCAAAGGAAAGAAAGACAAAGGAUGAUGAAGGAGCCACUCCUGUUAAAAGGAGGCGUGUUAGCAGUGAUGAAGAACAUCCGCUGGACAACAGCACAGGACAUAGCACGCCCAGUGAUACUCGGACAGAACCUAGGGAUGCAUUAACCCCGGGCAGUACCUCAGACACUGAAACUAGAGAUUCAACAGUCAUUGAUCCAGGCACCGAACAAGACCCGCCAACCCCUGAUCCUAUUUCUAUUAAAGAAGAUAAAAUGGAAGUUUCUUCCUUGAGUGCACAUGAGACAUUAAUCAGCAAUAGGCCCCAGGACUCUGUAGAACAGUUGCAGGGAGAGGAUGCAGCAGACAAUUGUAAAGUGGUGAAGGAACUACUAAGUUCAGAAAAGGAAACUAGUGUGAAUGAAGAUGAUUCUGACUCUCCCUCUACACCACCACCUGCUGCUGCAGUUUUAUCUGAUCUGACUGACCUUAGGAACUGUGAGGCUCAAAAUCUACCGUCAUUUGACCCAGAAACAGGUUUAUCCAACAGCUGUACCCAUUCCAGAGGACUCUUUAACAUGCAACAGCAGGACCUUUUAGAUAAUUUGUGCAGGACCAUUGAAUCUACUAUUAGUGCAGUCACACGAAUAUUGAGCAGAGGGAACCAACCCACUUCUUGAUGAGACUACUAGCAUGACUAGUUUUGUCCUUUUUAAAUACAGUUUGAGUUUCGUUUAAUUCUGUUCUGCCUGUUGAAUCUGAUGCUUUGUGCUUCACUGUCAAGUGACAUUUUUCCUGCUUGAAUGCCUGUUAGCUAUUUGUAUGAAGAAGCAUCUCAGCCAUAAGAGAAAUCCAGUGUGUUAGGGUUAUGCGCUUGAAGAUGUGAUAAGUGGAAAACUAAACACAUUUCUAGAUAACUUAAAGCAAAGGCAUUUACAGCAUAUUUCUCAAGGGAAAUCAUAUUAAUGGUCAGCUUUUACAUAGAAGUAAUUUGUUGUGGCUUUUCAUCCAGAUUUGGGGUGUAUCUAGGUGUGAAGGGUUACAGAGAUUUUUGUUCUUCUCACAUUGUAUGAUGUAAUUUAAAAAUAUUGCAUUUUUACUGUGUAUAAUAUUGUGUCUUUUGUUGCCGGUUUUUGUACUCUAUUAAAGGAGGCAACCUUGCCUCAAAUCUCCGUGGUUCUAUUAUCCAAAUUAAGUUGUUUACUUGUAUACUAAACCAACCACGAUUAAUUUGAUUCUGUUAAGAAUCCUCUGUAGACAUGAACUGGCAUAAAUAAGGUGCUUUAUCUGACAGGUUUCCCAUGGUGGAAAUAAAGCACACAAAAUAAAAAUUGGA